AUGCCCGAAUCGCCCGCGCCCUAUGCAAGGCGCUCUACACGUCCACGCCGCGGUCAUUGGACGCCCUCCCUGAUCGGCUCCUACGUCUUCGACUGGUUCGUCCUUGCUGUCGCUGGAGGUAUUGCAACAGUACUGGGAGUCGUCGAGCCGAACAAACGCCCUUUUUCCGUUCUUGACCCCAAUAUCUCCUUCCCCUUCACCGAACAUGAGACAGUCCCUAUGUGGCUGGCCGCCAUUAUCGCAGUUGGCGUCCCUAUCAUAAUUAUUGCCGCCGUAUGCCUCGUUCUCGUUCCUGGAAAUACUGUUCCCAAAGGAACUCCGAAGUCGCUUGUUUGGAAACGUAAACUGUGGGAGUUGCACGUUGGCUACCUUGGUCUCGCCCUCGCCCAUGUCGGCGCCUUCUUCAUCACUAACGGCAUGAAAAACAUGUUUGGAAAGCCUAGGCCCGAUCUUCUGUCACGAUGCCAGCCUGACUUGGACAACAUUCAGAACUACAUCGUUGGCGGCACUUUUCCUGGCAUCACUGGUUUGACCGGCGCGACUGGCUUUGGCCAACUCGUAUCAGCAAAUAUUUGCAAGAACACUGAUUCGCACACACUUGAUGAUGGCUUCCGCAGCUAUCCAUCCGGUCACUCGAGCUCCGCCGCCGCCGGCUUGAUUUAUCUGUCUCUUUUCCUCGCUAGCAAGUUCGCCGUUACUGUACCUUUUGUAGCUUCGGACAACGGUGCUGAGUCUCACUCGGCCUUCCCAUCUCGCCUGCAAAAGUCCGGCGUCGACUACGAGGUACUCUGCCGCCCCCCCAUCUACCUUCUGACUAUCGUGGUCCUCCCAUGGUUCGCAUCGAUCUUCAUCGCUGGCUCUCGCUGGUUUGACUUCCGCCAUCACGGUUUCGAUAUUCUCUUCGGCUAUAUGAUUGGCAUCUUCACCUCCAUUUUUGCAUUUCGCUACUAUCACCUCCCAAUCCGCCAGGGUGCGGGUUGGGCCUGGGGUCCUCGAAGCCACGACAAGGCUUGGUGGUCUGGUGUCGGAUCCUAUAGUUAUGCGACCGAGAAGGGCGACUUUAUCAGGGCAGGAGACGAGGAGGAAGCAUACAUGUCCAGACCGGUCGCGGGUCAAGCAUCAUCGACUCAAUACGUCAGCAAGGCCGGCUCCAAUGAAGGGGCGGAGCCUGAACCCCGUUUCUAA